GUGCCACGGUCAACAUCGGCUCUGUGUUAUUAUUGCUAAAUAAAUUAUAAAAACACAAAAUAAAUAGUGAAAUGAAUUGUUAAAAGAGUAUAAGUGUCCAUAACGUAAGGCCAAAGUGAAAAUAAAAACAAUAAACUAUCAAACAGUGAAAAAAAGCUGUGAUAAUACAUUCAUAUGUACAGUGACUUUUUGUUAAAACUGUGGAACCACAGACGUUUUUGUGCAACUUUAUACACCAAUGCGCUAUCAGUGGCAGUGGAAUAAAUUAAACAUUGCUGUGGAAGUUUUGUUUUAGACAUUUUUAGUUAAACAAUUUGAAACAUAACCUAAAAAGUGAGUCAGCCAAACCGUCAUAGACUCCGAGGAACUACCAACGCUACCUACCGGGAAGUAGCUGUUUAAUCUAAUUGCUUGGACGCUACAAUGUACUAACGCCAUCUACCGAGAAGUAGCUGUAUUAACUUUAUAUACGCUAUCGACCAUACCACUGAAUCAACCCGUGCACGAAGUUUCCAAAAGCGUGAACAGAGGGCACUACUUGUAGGAAAGUGCAAAACCAACUCCAUCACGCUAGGCCAAGAAAGCCGCAAGGUUACCACACACUAACACUUCAAAUACUCUUUUUGCAACACAAUGGAGGAGGUAUUGGCGACGCUUCGUUUAAUUCAAAAGGAGCUUGAGGAACAAAAAACAUUUAUAAAUAAAAAAGGUGAAGAAGUGACGGAAAACGUAACAAUAAACAUAAAUAAUAUUUUAGAAGAAAAAUUCGCAGUCAUAGAAGAAAAACACGAAAAUCUCAAGAAAAGAGUGGAAAACCAAGAACAAAGAAUAUACUUUUUAGAAAAACAGGCAAGGCAGCGUAAUCUGGUAUUUUUUGGCCUUCACGAAGACGAAAAUUCCUACUCUAGCAUGGAAACCAAAAUAAUAAAAUUCGUACAUGAAUAUUUCACGAUAAAAUUAGACUACAUUGACCUAGUAGCCAUCAGAAGAAUAGGAAAAAAAAGCGACAAGCCACGACCUAUAGUUGUUACCUUUGCAACACUUGGUAGAAAGAUCCUCAAAAAUAAAGGAACUUUAAAAGGUACACCAUAUUAUGUGAAAGAGGACUACCCCCAAUCAGUUCUACAAAUAAGAAAAGAGCUACAAGAGCAAGUAAAAGCCGAAAGAGAGAAUGGAAACACCGCCAUAAUUAAAUACGACAAGCUUGUCAUUUUAAAAAAUACCAACAACAAACAAACAACAACGCCUACCAACACCAACAACAAAAAAAGAAACCUCUCAAAUUCGCCGGUAAACGCUGUUAAAAGCUAUGCUGAACAGAGACCGCAUGCAAACAAAAAAACAAAAUCUCUAGCUACUCAGACAAAGCAAAGAUCUUCAAGUUGUUCCGAAAGCGUUUUAAAACCGGGAAUUUUAAACUUCCUAACUAGCAAUAACAACAACACAAACUUCCAGGACAACACCAGGAAGGCAUAGCAACGAGCACUCCAGCCGUUCCCAAAUAAUUACAAAAUAAUUGAAGAAGAACAUAAAAUACACAUAACACAUCUUCCAAGACGGCUGGUCACCGCGGAAGAUUCCGACCAUAACCCUCCAAGCACAUCAUCAUACCACACAAAACAAACAAAGAAGGAAAAAAAUCACCUUUAUAUAAUAACCUACAACGUCCGAACACUUUCAUCAUAUGACAGAAUAUUGGAAAUGGAGAAAGCGCUAGAAAACCUAAAAUACGAUAUAAUUGGUAUUUCAGAAGUCCGGCGCCUCGGCAAUAUAAUAGAUGAAUAUGAAAAAUUCAUACUCUGUUUUACUGGACAAACACCGGGCCUAUAUGGAGUUGGCUUCAUAAUAAAUAAACAUUUAAAACAAUAUAUAGAAAGCUAUAUUGGUAUUUCUGAACGUGUCGCUCUACUCAACUUAAAGUUACCAUGUAAAAGAUUGUCUAUAAUACAAGUCUACGCCCCGACAGAAACAUCAGACGAAGAAGAAAUAAAAACCUUUUAUAAAACUAUAGACACAGCCAUAGCCAUAGCACACGAGGAAUUUAUUCUAAUGGGAGACUUCAAUGCAAAAAUAGGAGAGCCACAAAGUGACGAA